AUGGGUACCGGCGCCACGCUCAACCGGGAGGCGCUAACACCGGCCGUAGCCGUCCGGCUUGGCAGGCGCUCGCUCUUUAACCACGACGUCUUGGGGUCGCUCGGGGACUGCCAGUUCAAGCACUACGCGGCCAUUAACUUCGAGCGCGAAAACGGGAUGGAGUUCGCGUUGCCUGGCGAUGUCGCCAAGCCCAUUGCUGCCGUGGCGACAAAUGAGUCGCUGGCCUCAAUGUAUCAGGGCGUGCUGGGGUUCAAGCUCUCUGAUAUUGAGACGGGCGAGCAGUACAGGUACGCGACCCUGGAGAGGUCAAUCCACAGGCAGGCGACUGUGAUUGAGGCAAUCAUUACUGUCGUGCAGAAGGUUCUUGGGGGGGACGUCGCACAGCAGUUCGUGGACAGGCUCUGCGCGAUCUUCUUCCAGAAGCAGGGAACGAGUUUUCUCAGCUUCAGGAGCUUCGACCCCAUCAGUAGCGUCAUGCAGAAGGUGGCCCAGCUCACGGACGGCGUCGCGAACUAUCAAGUGUCCGACAAGCCGGACGCUGAGGGCAACUUCACCGGACGGCUGGGCAUCAAGAUGGGGCCCAACUUGGAGCUGUUCUUGAAGGGGCCGCAGGCUGGAAGAAGGAAGAAUGACGUGAAGCGGGCGCUGUUCCAGCAGAUGGACCUGGACGCCGAGUUCAACGACUUUAUCCGCAAGAACCCAAAGAAGGCAAAAGUGGAACUCUCGGAGGAAGCCGCCAGUGUCAGUGCUAGGGCGAGGGAGAACGCGGAAGCCGCGAAAGCCAGUGUCAGCCCUGGGGCGGAAAACGCGGAAGCCGGUGUCACUGUCAGCCUUGGCGUUUGA